AUGACCGAAUCCUUUAGUGACCAAGAUAUAAAUACAAAUGAUAAAAUAACUUUUAUCACGCCAACAAAAAAGAGUGAUUCUGUAAUGCACAAAGUAACCAACCAAGAGCUAGAACACACUAUGUCAGUAACUUCGGCUACGUCUCAAAAGAAAUAUGAUGGUCCCUUCAGUUACGACGUUGAGACAACUUCUUUGGUCACAAACUUUGAAAAUAUCCAACCCUCUAAAUCGAAGACAACAAGAACAGAUCUAACAAUAUCAACUAAAUCAUCUGCGAACAAUAAAAGCCCAUAUACGGAGACUACGAUGAUCACUCCAGAAAUAUCGAGUCAUGAAAACACAAAAGGCUUUCAAUCUUCAAACCCGAUUUUACUGGAAUAUUCUUCUUCCGAUAUUACAGAGUUUGAGAAGGGUUCAAAAACACAUUCAUCCGUCCAAACCAAAGAUGAUCAGACGCUAAUGACCAAAUCCUUUAGUGACCAAGAUAUAAAUACAAAUGAUAAAAUAACUUUUAUCACGCCAACAAAAAAGAGUGAUUCUGUAAUGCACAAAGUAACCAACCAAGAGCUAGAACACACUACGGCAGGAACUUCGGCUACGUCUCAAAAGAAAUAUGAUGGUCCCUUCAGUUCCGACGUUGAGACAACUUCUUUGGUCACAAACUUUAAAAAUAUCAAACCCUCUAAAUCGAAGACAACAAGAACAGAUCUAACAAUAUCAACUAAAUCAUCUGCGAACGAUAAAAGCCCAUAUGAGGAAACUACGAUGAUCACUCCAGAAAUAUCGAGUCAUGAAAACACAAAAGGCUUUCAAUCUUUAAACCCAAUUUUACUGGAUUAUUCUUCUUCCGAUAUUACAGAGUUUGAGAAGGGUUCAAAAACACAUUCAUCCGUCCAAACCAAAGAUGAUCAGACGCUAAUGACCAAAUCCUUUAGUGACCAAGAUAUAAAUACAAAUGAUAAAAUAACUUUUAUCACGCCAAAAAAAAAGAGUGAUUCUGAAAUGCACAAAGUAACCAACCAAGAGCUAGAACACACUAGGUCAGUAACUUCGGCUACGUCUCAAAAGAAAUAUGAUGGUCCCUUCAGUUCUGACGUUGAGACAACUUCUUUGGUCACAAACUUUAAAAAUAUCAAACCCUCUAAAUCGAAGACAACAAGAACAGAUCUAACAAUAUCAACUAAAUCAUCAGCGAACGAUAAAAGCCCAUAUAAGGAAGCUACGAUGAUCACUCGAGAAAUAUCGAGUCAUGAAAACACAAAAAACUUUCAAUCUUCAAACCCGAUUUUACUGGAAUAUUCGUCUUCCGAUAUUACAGAGUUUGAGAAGGGUUCAAAAACACAUUCAUCCGUCGAAACCAAAGAUGAUCAGACGCUAAUGACCAAAUCCUUUAGUGACCAAGAUAUAAAUACAAAUGAUAAAAUAACUUUUAUCACGCCAACAAAAAAGAGUGAUUCUGUAAUGCACAAAGUAACCAACCAAGAGCUAGAACACACUAGGUCAGUAACUUCGGCUACGUCUCAAAAGAAAUAUGAUGGUCCCUUCAGUUCUGACGUUGAGACAACUUCUUUGGUCACAAACUUUAAAAAUAUCCAACCCUCUAAAUCGAAGACAACAAGAACAGAUCUAACAAUAUCAACUAAAUCAUCAGCGAACGAUAAAAGCCCAUAUAAGGAAGCUACGAUGAUCACUCGAGAAAUAUCGAGUCAUGAAAACACAAAAAACUUUCAAUCUUCAAACCCGAAUUUACUGGAAUAUUCUUCUUCCGAUAUUACAGAGUUUGAGAAGGGUUCAAAAACACAUUCAUCCGUCCAAACCAAAGAUGAUCAGACGCUAAUGACAAAAUCCUUUAGUGACCAAGAUAUAAAUACAAAUGAUAAAAUAAAUUUUAUCACGCCAACAAAAAAGAGUGAUUCUGUAAUGCACAACGUAACCAACCAAGAGCUAGAACACACUAUGUCAGUAACUUCGGCUACGUCUCAAAAGAAAUAUGAUGGUCCCUUCAGUUCUGACGUUGAGACAACUUCUUUGGUCACAAACUUUGAAAAUAUCAAACCCUCUAAAUCGAAGACAACAAGAACAUAUCUAACAAUAUCAACUAAAUCAUCUGCGAACGAUAAAAGCCCAUAUACGGAGACUACGAUGAUCACUCCAAAAAUAUCGAGUCAUGAAAACACAAAAGGCUUUCAAUCUUCAAACCCGAUUUUACUGGAAUAUUCUUCUUCCGAUAUUACAGAGCUUGAGAAGGGUUCAAAAACACAUUCAUCCGUCCAAACCAAAGAUGAUCAAACGCUAAUGACCAAAUCCUUUAGUGAGCAAUAUAUAAAUACAAAUGAUAAAAUAACUUUUAUCACGCCAACAAAAAAGAGUGAUUCUGUAAUGCACAAAGUAACCAACCAAGAGCUAGAACAUACUAUGUCAGUAACUUCGGCUAUGUCUCAAAAGAAAUAUGAUGGUCCCUUCAGUUCUGACGUUGAGACAACUUCUUUGGUCACAAACUUUAAAAAUAUCAAACCCUCUAAAUCGAAGACAACAAGAACAGAUCUAACAAUAUCAACUAAAUCAUCAGCGAACGAUAAAAGCCCAUAUACGGAGACUACGAUGAUCACUCCAGAAAUAUCGAGUCAUGAAAACACAAAAAACUUUCAAUCUUCAAACCCGAUUUUACUGGAAUAUUCUUCUUCCGAUAUUACAGAGUUUGAGAAGGGUUCAAAAACACAUUCAUCCGUCCAAACCAAAGAUAAUCAGACGCUAAUGACAAAAUCCUUUAGUGACCAAGAUAUAAAUACAAAUGAUAAAAUAACUUUUAUCACGCCAACAAAAAAGAGUGAUUCUGUAAUGCACAAAGUAACCAACCAAGAGCUAGAACAUACUAUGUCAGUAACUUCGGCUACGUCUCAAAAGAAAUAUGAUGGUCCCUUCAGUUCUGACGUUGAGACAACUUCUUUGGUCACAAACUUUGAAAAUAUCAAACCCUCUAAAUCGAAGACAACAAGAACAGAUCUAACAAUAUCAACUAAAUCAUCUGCGAUUGAUAAAAGCCCAUAUAAGGAGACCACGAUGAUCACUCCAGAAAUAUCGAGUCAUGAAAACACAAAAGGCUUUCAAUCUUCAAACCCGAUUUUACUGGAAUAUUCUUCUUCCGAUAUUACAGAGUUUGAGAAGGGUUCAAAAACACAUUCAUCCGUCCAAACCAAAGAUGAUCAGACGCUAAUGACCAAAUCCUUUAGUGAGCAAUACAUAAAUACAAAUGAAAAAAUAACUUUCAUCACGCCAACAAAAAAGAGUGAUUCUGUAAUGCACAAAGUUACCAACCAAGAGCUAGAACACACUAUGUCAGUAACUUCGGCAACGUCUCAAAAGAAAUGUGUUGAAAAAUAUAUUGAUGUCAGUCUUUAUGACUUGUUGAUGUCAUACAAUAAAACACAUUUAUGGGGUAGAGUAGCAUUGACCAUCAAUGUCUCCUGCCCUUUGGAUCAAAUCGUUCUUGAUUUUGAGGGGGUUUCAGUUUAUUCUUCUUCGUUAAACGAAAUAAUGUCAGCAUCUCAAGAAAAAUAUGAACUAGCGGGCUUGAAAAGCAUGGAUUAUCACAAACAAUGGGGGAAGAUAAUGAUUGAGUUAACGAAUGCAAUAAAACCAGAACACAGAUAUAUCCUCAGUUUGGAAUUCAUUUCGGAACUCAGUCCAUUUGAGAGAGGUGCAACCUUGACCACCUAUUUUACUCGCUCUGUUAGUCAUGAAACAAAACAGAAAGCAUGGAUAAUUGGAACCUUCUUGUAUCCCACUUUUGGAAAGUUGAUGUUUCCAUGUAUUGUAACUCCAGAGCGGCGUUCUAUUUUUCAUCUGAGAAUAAGUCGCAGCAAGGAUGUUGAAGCUGUAUCGAACACAAUAAAGAAGAAAACUGAACUGUUAAGAAAAGAUGGUUUAAUGGACGACUUUUAUUAUACUCCAGCAAUUCCUAUUUCGUCAUUCACGUUCUAUUUAUUGCCAAAAUAUGAUUCAUUUAUUGUGGAAAGAACACCUUCACUUGCUUUUUGGUUCCCACCAUACCUUAAGUAUUCUGUAGAUGAAAUAUUUAAAAUAGCUAAUGGGAUUUUGGAUUUUUUUAUUGAAUAUUUUCAAUUCAACUUACCUAUUCAACAGAUUUCUGUUAUAGUGAGUGAAGAUCUAUACAGUGAUCCUCCAGCAUCUUUUGCAACAAUAUUAAUUAGUUCUAAGUAUUUAUUUGAAAAGUAUGAAAGUAAUUAUGAGAACAAAGAAGAAGUAUAUCAUUUUUUAGGAAAACAGUUUUGUGAUCUCUGGAUGGGCAAUAUAAUCAGUUUUAAUUCUUGGAAUGAUAAUUGGUUAAAAGAAGGAUUUUCUAUUUAUAUGGCGCAUCUGGCUACAAUGCAUAUGUACAAUGAUUAUGACUUCUCAUCCUUCAUUAUAAGAAUACAACAAAAUGCCUUUCGAUACCAUAGAUUUCCAGUUUUGGGUGAAAAUAAACUUCACAAACAUAAGCUAUAUACAAAUAAUAAAGUGGAAAAUGGUACUCCUUCUAAAGGAGCAUUUUUAUUACACAUGGUUCAAAACAUUUUGAAACCUGAACCUUUUCAAGAAGCAAUUCGAUUUUUUUUUAAAAAAUGGUUACACCUCCAGGUUCAAAUUAUGAUUACAGUUCAUGGUGGAUACCCAUCAAUUACUUGACUGGAAAAGAUUUACAUUUUGAUUACACUAUCACUCAUUGGAUGAAACAGCAACAGAGUAUUCAUAUAAAGGUUCAUUUCAAUGAUACAUGGAUUAUUUUCAACCCUCAUUAUUCAGCAUUCGCUCGCUUCAACUAUUCAAGACACCUUUGGAAAAUGUUAAUAACUGGAUUGCGAAAAGGAACUGCACAACUCCCAGGUUCAUUAAAAGCACAAUUAUUGGAUGAUGCUUUCACACUGGCAUCAGAGAAUUCCCUUGACUACAGUGUCCCAAUGACCAUGGCAUUGUUAGUGUAGUAAGAAAUAGUCCUUAGUUAUUUAAAUGCUUCAAUUGUUACUAUAUAAUUUUACCAAUAUUAUAUUAUAAGAGAUUUUGGUAGCUUCAUUCAAUAAAUAGCCUGAGAUCAAAUUAAAAUAAAUAUCUUUAAUUAUACAAAAUAAAAUAAAUCUUUUAGUGAUAAAAAAUAACUAUAUAUAAAAAAAAUAACAAUGCUCUACAAAAGAAAAUGGAGCUACAGGGUUAUGAGAAUUCCAGAAAAAAAUAAAGUAAGCUUUACAAUGAAAAAGAAAAAGGAAAAAUACAAGUAUGAGUUACAACUCUACCAAAAUAUUGUUAUGGGAGAUCUGAAAACCAUGAUGGUUCUUAUAACUCUUAACAACAAACACCAUAAUCAAUGUAUCAUAGAUUUUUUUUUUAUUUAUUGAUAUUUACAACUGUAUUAUAA